AUGCAAUGGCGGCUAACUUCAGCUUUUUUUUCCUGCAUUUUUUUUUCAGAUCUAGUUAUGAAAAGCUGUUCUCAGGUUGCUCAAAAUGGCUUCACAUCAAAUGGAGUGAAUUACAUUUUUCCAGAUGGUGGAGACCCAAUGGAAGUUCUUUGUGAUAUGACUACCGACGGUGGAGGUUGGACCGUCAUUCAGAGACGUUUAGACGGUUCGGUUGAUUUUUAUCUUGGAUGGGAGUCAUACAAAAAUGGGUUUGGAGAUGUAAACGGUGAGUUCUGGCUUGGAAACGACAAUAUACACCGUUUAACGGCCACUCAUGAUGUCAUACUUAGAAUUGACAUGGAGGACUUUGACGGCAACAUAACAUACGCUAAGUAUACAACUUUUCAAGUGACUGACGAGGCGGAGAAAUACCGCAUUACGAUUGGUGGAUACAGCGGUACGGCUGGAGACUCGAUGAAAGUAAAGUAAGUAAAUAACAGACCGCUAGAAGAUGAUCUGAUCUAGACUUACAUGGAACCCUUAACACAUGAGGAUCAGCUUCCAUGUACUUGUAUGCAACAAUUCCAAAAUUCACCAGAUUGCAGACAAAGCAAUAAAGAAAUACCGAAUUAUGAAUAAGGAAAUAUGAAGUUAUUAAUUAACACGGAUUUGUCAAACAUUACUUUAAAACACGAAAAGACGCGGAUUAUAUGCCAGUAAAUGAGAAAAAUAAAACUGUUUACGAAACUGCCAUCCGGUUAGCACAGUUGGAUUAACGCCAGUCUGCAGAGCAGGAAUUCGUGGGUUCAAACACUGGCCAGACCAUCAAUCAGGGACUUAAAACAGCUAGUAAGGUUAUGCUAGCUGUGAUCAAAGAUCUUGUCUUAGUGAUCGCGUCACUGGUUGGUCACGUUAAGCCGUUGGCAUUGUGUCCUUUAUCCUUCUUUAUCAGUUGAAAGGGAACGCAAAAGAGCCCACAAUUUUUAAAAUAGUGACGAACGUAGACCCCGAUGAUGUAGUCAAGUUUCUAGGGGGAUUAAGGCAGUGCCUUCACCGGUCCCCAGCUACUUGCUUUACGCUUGUAUACCCUGCCAAGAAUUGGCGAGUCUACGUAGUCAGUCAAGCCGUCGGGGCUCACAGUAAAAAACAAAACAAACAACUGAUUGAUCCCCAAUUUUGUUUUAAGGCCACAAGAAGUUUUUGAUUUUUUUCCUCUUGUCUCUACAGUGGCAAGCAGUUUUCGACCAAAGAUGCUGACAAUGAUGUCUUGCAAUCGACUCACUGUGCUCAAAGCAAGAAGGGGGCAUGGUGGUACUCUGGUUGUAGCCUGUCAAACCUUAAUGGGUUGUAUCAUAAUGGUGGAUAUAUACAGGGCGAUAUUGGAAUGAAAUGGAAGACAUUUAGAGGACAUUUUUAUUCGCUAAAACGUACUGAGAUGAAAGUAAAACCCAAAUCGUAA